AUGACAGCCAAAGAUCUUUGGUUAAAAGACUUGGAUAAAAACAGAAUUUAUGAUGAUGACGACAAUGAUGAUCAUCAAAUAAAGCAUCAACAAGUAAAGUUGGAGAAAAGAAGAAAAUGUUCUAAUUAA